AUGAACAACCUGAAUUUAUUUGAAUGUAGAAUUCAAAAGGAAGCCAAGACUAGUGAUUCAUAGAUGGGAUUAGUUCCCUGGUAGACAACCAGAGAUCCAUCAAGUACCUAAUAGUAAGAAAGUCUAUCAUUUGAUCAAGAUGAUUUAGAUAUACUUCAACAUGUGCUCCAGCAUAGGAGUCAGAUUGAUUACUUGGAAGUGUAUUACCAAGAGAUCAAUCUUACAUAGAUUCAUUUGAUUACUUAGGAUUGGUCGUAGGAGAAAGGUCACGUCACCAAGAAGAGGAACAGAAAGAGGUCAGUCGAAAGCUCAUAGGUAAGAGAAAUGUUUCGAGAACUAGAUGAACAUAAGUAAAAGUAGUAGCAAAAGCAACAGCCAUAAAUCCAAUUGAUUAUUGAGGAGUAGGUGCUGUCCGUUUAAGAGUUAGUAAAGAGCUAAGAAUUUUUAAGAAAAUAAAGGAACUGGUAGGUAGAUUUAUCGGUAACUACCACAGUUUACCCCAGCAGAGCUGAUGUUAGAAAGAACUCGACUAAAUGGGUUGGGUAGAAAAAGAGUUGA